UCCCCGGACAUCGCGGGGUGUGCGUGACGUCACGGAUUGAGGGGGCGGGUUGCUGUGACGUCACGGCGCUCCCGGCAGCCCCCGCGGCCAUGGCGGGGGGGGGUCCCUGGGCCCGGCUCGCGGCCGCGCUCGCGCCCCCCGCGCCCCCCGCCCUGCGCCGGCCCCGCCCCUCCGCACGUCAUCAGACGGAGCUGCUGCUGCUGCUGCUCGAUUCCCCGCCGCUCCCUGAGCGCUGCCCGGCCGGGGCCGACCCCGGCGCGGCCGCUCCCGGUUCCGAUGGCUCCGAUCCCGGUGCCGCUCUGCUGGCGCUGCUCUCGGAGCCCGCCCCGGGUCCCCCCCGGUGCCUCCUGCUCGUGGCCGCGCUCUCGGUGCUCGCGGCCCGCGGGGACCGCGCGGGGCUGGCGGCGCUGGCGGCGCUGCUGCAGCGCCCGGGAACGGCGGGGACGGCCCCGGCGGCGGCGGCGGAGUGCGAGCGGGAGCUGCGGCGGAUCGCGGCCGCCACCGGGACCCCCGGGAUCCCCGGGACCACCGGGACCGGCACCGGGACCACCGGGACCCCCGGGCGGGGCUGCCCCGCGCCGCAGCCGCUGCUGCUGCUGAGGGCGGAGGGGGCGGCAGACCCAGCGGGUCCCUGGGGAGAGGCGGGGCUGGAUCCGGGCUCUGCCUUUGGCCUCGCCCCCCCCGCCCGGGCCCAGCUCCUUCAUCUCCCUCGUUCCGGCGCCGGGGGGGGGGUCCCGGGAGCCCCCCCGGUUUUGGCGUGCGCGGACCCGGCCCCGGUGCAGGCGGCGCUGCUGGGGGGGGGUCUCGGCGCGGGGGGGGCGCGGCGAUUGGCGGCGCUGGCGCUGCACCCCGCGCUGCCCCCCCCCCUGCGCCUCUUCUUCCUCCUCUGCCUCCUCCAGGGCGGGGGGCGUCGGGGGGGGGACCCCCAAAAUCCGCCCCGCCCCCCGCCCCUCACGGAGCUGCCCCCCCAUUUGGCGGCCGCGCUGUUCCCGGGGGGGGGCGGCGGCACCGGGGACCCCCCCGAGCUCUUCCUGCCCCGUUUCGAGGCGGCCGCGGCGCUUUGCGACCCCCCCCAAAUUACCCCGGGGGGGGCUGAGAGACUCCCGACCCCUCCCCAAAUUCUAGAGGGGGCUGCGAGACUCCCGACCCCUCCCCAAAUAAUCCCGGGGGAGGGGGCUGUGAGACCCCCCCCGACCCCCCCCCAAAUCAUCCUCCCGGGGGGCCGCGAGUGGCUCUGGGCGCAGGUGGAGUUUUUGGGGGGGGGUCCCCCCGAUUUGUUCUGCCGGGCCGUUCUCUCCUAUUGCCGCCGUUUCGGGGGGGUCCCGGGCGGGGCUUUGGGGGUCGCGGCUCAGAGGUUGUUGGGGGGGGGUCACCCCGCGGCCCCCCCGCACCUGCUGGAGCUGGCCAAGGUUUUGGGGGGGUCCCUGGGGGGGGCGCUGAUGGCGCAGGUGCUGCGGGCGCCCCCGCCCCCCCCCGGCUCCCCCCAGCUCCGCGCGGUGCUCAGGGUGCUGCGGGACCCCCCCGCGACCCCUCCCCAAAUUCUGCCGCAGCUCCGCGGGUACCUGCGGAGGGCGCUGGCGGCCGGGGGGCGCGGCUGGGGGGGGGCUCAGGGGGUCCUGAGCGCCGCCGCCCCCCUCCUGCCCCGCGGGGGGGUCCCGCUGUGCCCCCCCCCGCCCCGAGACCCCCCCUCAAUUUGGGGAGGGGGCGACCCCGACCUGUGGGAUCGCUGCCGCCUGCAGGGGGCGCUGGCGGCCGCGCUGGGCCCCCCCAAAUUGGCCGCGGUUUUGGGGCCCCCCCCGCGCUGCGCCCCCGCGCCCCCUCCCCAAAACGGCUCCGGGGGGGGCUCCGGGGGGGGAGGGGGCGCCCCCCCCUCGCUGCUGCCCGCGCCUCCCCCACUGCGCAUGCGCUGCCUCCCCGGGCCCCUCCCCCCGUUCGGGGCCCCCCCCGGAGCCCCCCAGGAGGACCCCGAGGGUUGGGGGGGGGCGCUGCUGGCGGGGGGGGGGCGGCCCGUGCCCCUCCCACUGCGCCUGCGCCUGGAGCCUCUGGGGGGGCCCCAAAGCGAGGGGACCCCGACCCGAAAUGGGGGCUCCGGGACCCCUCCCCAAAUUGGGGACCCCGAGACCCCUCCUCAGAUUGCCGCCCCGCCCCCCCCCGUGCUGGCGCUGCAGGUGCUGCUGGGAGGGGGCGGGGCCUGGGCCGAGGGGGCUCUGGCGGCGCUGGGGGGGGGUCGCGGGGGGGGUGGGGGCGGGGCCGAGCUGACCCUGACCCUGCGCCCCCCCCGAGCUUUGCCCCCCUCCCUCGAGGCCGCCGCCAUUUUCAGCCCGGGGAGGGGGGCAGGAGACCCCCAGGAAGGGGGCGGGGUCUCGUUCCUGGCGCCCCUCCCCCCGCUGGAGCUGCCUCUGGGGGUCCGGCUCCGCCCCCUCGGGUUCCCCCCGCCCUGGGACCCCCCCCGGGCCCGCAGCGCCUUCGAGGCCCUUUGGGGGGCGCUGGGGGGGGGGCCCGAGACCCUCCUGGUGCUGGGGGGAGGCGCCGCCGCCCCUCCCCCCGCGCUCGCCCCCCUGUUGGUGCCCUCGGAAGGGGGGGGGGCGGAGGGGGGUGGGGGAUGGGCGCUGGCGGCCGCCGCCCCCCCCAAGGGCGUGGUCCUGGCGCGGGGGGGGCCGGGGGGGGAGGGGCGGGUGCGGGGGCAGCGCUGGGGGGGGGUCCUGCUGCUGGCGCGGCUGCUGAGGGGGGAGGGCGGGGCCUGA